AUGAAGUUCCUCAUUGAUGAUCUUCCGGUGCUGUUCCCGUAUCCUCGCAUCUAUCCCGAACAAUAUGCCUACAUGUGCGAUCUCAAGAAGACCCUCGAUGCCGGGGGUCACUGUGUGCUCGAAAUGCCUUCAGGAACUGGCAAGACAGUCUCCCUGCUCUCAUUAAUUGUCGCAUAUCAGCAGCAUUAUCCAGAACACCGAAAGCUCAUCUACUGCUCGCGAACCAUGUCAGAGAUCGAGAAGGCGUUGGCAGAAUUGAAGGCGCUCAUGAAAUAUCGCUCUCAGGAGCUUGGGUUUGAAGAAGAUUUUCGCGCUUUGGGUCUGACCAGUCGAAAGAACCUCUGUCUACAUCCUUCAGUGAAGCGCGAGAAAAGUGGUACCGUUGUGGACGCGAGAUGCCGGAGCUUGACGGCAGGCUUUGUCAAGGAGAAGAAGGAGCGCGGUGAGGAUGUGGAGCUGUGCAUCUAUCACGAGAAUCUUGACCUCCUCGAGCCACACAACCUUGUUCCUCCCGGUGUUUUCACACUCGACGGGCUGAUCAGAUACGGAGAGCAGAACAAACAAUGUCCCUACUUUUCUGCUCGACGCAUGAUGCCCUGGUGCAAUGUCAUCAUAUACUCCUAUCACUAUCUUCUAGAUCCGAAAAUCGCCGAACGAGUAUCUCGCGAGCUUUCUAAAGACUGUAUUGUCGUUUUCGAUGAGGCUCACAACAUUGACAAUGUCUGUAUCGAGUCGCUCAGUAUCGAUUUGAGCGAGGACUCCCUCCGCAAAGCCACUCGAGGCGCUAGCAAUUUAGAACGCAAAAUCGAAGAAAUGAAGAGUACGGAUGCCGAAAAACUUCAAAAUGAAUACUCGAAGCUAGUUGAGGGGCUUCAACAGGCAGAACAGGCGCGGGAAGAGGAUCAGUUCAUUUCAAACCCGGUGUUGCCAGAUGACUUGCUCAAGGAGGCUGUACCUGGCAAUAUUCGCCGAGCUGAGCAUUUCAUCUCCUUUUUGAAGAGAUUUAUUGAGUAUCUGAAAACGAGGAUGAAAGUAACGCAUACAAUAUCGGAAACGCCACCUUCAUUUCUAACCCACCUGAAAGACCUCACUUACAUUGAACGAAAACCUCUGAGAUUCUGUGCGGAGCGCCUGACAUCACUUGUGCGAACCCUGGAGCUGGUCAAUAUCGAGGACUACCAGCCGCUCCAAGAAGUUGCUACCUUCGCCACUCUUGUUGCAACUUAUGAUAAAGGAUUCGUUCUCAUUCUCGAACCCUUUGAAUCCGAAGCAGCCACAGUACCCAAUCCAAUUCUACAUUUUACGUGCCUGGAUGCCGCUAUUGCAAUCAAGCCCGUCUUUGAUCGAUUCAGCUCUGUCAUCAUUACAUCUGGAACCUUGUCCCCGCUCGAAAUGUACCCUAAAAUGCUCGGCUUCACCACUGUCAUGCAAGAAUCGUAUAGCAUGACGCUUGCCCGACGAUCUUUCCUGCCCAUGAUUGUGACCCGGGGCUCGGAUCAGGCGCAGGUUUCCUCGUCAUUUGGAAUUCGUAAUGAUCCUGGUGUGGUGCGAAACUACGGAACCCUUGUUACUGAAUUUGCGCGUAUCACGCCAGACGGAAUCGUCGUUUUCUUCCCCUCCUAUCUGUAUAUGGAAUCUAUCAUCAGCAUGUGGCAAGGCAUGGGCAUUUUGGAUCAGAUCUGGAAUUACAAACUGAUCCUUGUCGAGACUCCCGAUGCACAAGAGUCAUCACUUGCUUUGGAGACCUACCGCACCGCCUGCUGCAAUGGACGUGGCGCCAUCCUGCUUUGUGUCGCUCGAGGAAAGGUGUCGGAAGGUAUUGAUUUUGAUCAUCACUAUGGCCGCGCCGUGCUUUGCAUUGGCGUGCCUUUCCAAUACACCGAAUCCCGUAUCCUGAAGGCACGUCUAGAAUUCCUUCGUGAAAACUACCGCAUUCGAGAAAAUGACUUCCUGUCUUUCGAUGCCAUGCGACACGCAGCCCAGUGCCUGGGUCGUGUUCUUCGUGGAAAAGACGAUUACGGAGUCAUGGUGUUGGCAGAUCGUCGAUUCGAGCGAAAAAGACCUCAGCUUCCGAAGUGGAUCAAUCAGGCAAUGCUGGAUAGCGAAACGAAUCUGAGCACAGAUAUGGCUGUCUCAAAUGCCAAGAACUUCCUGCGAACUAUGGCGCAGCCAUUCAUGGCCAGAGACCAGGAAGGCAUUUCUACAUGGAGUUUGACAGACAUCGAGCGGCACGAAGCGAAGCGCAAGGCGGAAGAGGCUCGUCUGAUGGAGUUAGAGCCCACUAACGGUAAUAACUAUUCUAUGGGUGAUCUCAUUAAGCCGACAUUUCAAGUCGUUGAGGAUGAGUAUGACGACGAGAUCGACGAAGACCUCAUGAUGCUUGACGCCCAGUAA